CACAAAGAAAUUGAGAACCGGGCAAUCGCAUCUGAUGAAGACUGAAGUAAUAUCACAGCAAAAUAAUUAUUUAUUAGCAUCUUCAUUUCCGGGUUUUUAUGUUUUAGCCCCUUCUCCUACUACCAUAUAAAGGGCCAUCCAGGACCUGCAAAAGACACCAAUUCGGAGAGGAAUCCCCUUCUUCUCUUUUUUAGCUUUGUUCAUAGUAGUAGUCAUAUAAUAAAAGUGAUUCUUCUGUCAAGAACGCUCUCUGUAAAUUUCAGUUUGUAAUUUUCAUUUCCAGGAUUUUAGUUCUUUAAUUCCAACAAUCAAGUUCAUUUGGGAAGUAUCAGCCAAAAUCAUUAUCAGCUUAAGGAUUUCACUUUCUGUAUUCCAGCUCAUUAUUUAUGCCUUCAGAGAAGCGGCUGCAUCAAACAAAUCUCGGCUCUCUGCUUACUUUGAGGCGCAUUUACAGCUAUCACAAUCAAAUGCUGCAUUAAUGCAGGUCAGACCAUCAUGUAUCUUUGAAUUUGAAAUCUUUGAUGUGAAAGGAAGACCAUAUGUUGUCAAUUUAAGAGAGGGCACUUGUACAUGCCGUGAAUUUGAACUUGAUGGCUUCAUAUGUGUUCAUGUCGUUGCUCCAAUCCGUUCUCGUCCUGGACUUUCUUCUUAUGACUACAUCCCUGAAUAUUAUACUACACAGAAAUGGUUUUCAGCUUACGAGGGCAUCAUUCAUCCCAUUUGUAGUCCCGAUUGUUGGGUUGUUCCCCAUGACAUAUUAGAAGUCAUUUGCAGCCCUCCCUCUUGUUCUAAGAGACCUCCUGGAAGACCCAAAAAGCGACGUAUUCCAUCCACUGAUGAACAUGUGCGUCAACAAAAGUGUACAUGUUGCUCAAUGGUUGGUCACAAUAGAAAGACAUGCCGAAAUCUCAUUUCGCGCACUCGCUCCUAAUGUUGAUUUUUUUUUAAAAUGAUACUUUACAUUUCAGUUUACAAGUGAUAUAGAUGUUAAUAAACUUCUGUGUUUGAAUAUGUUUUUUACUUACGAAUUGCAGUAAUAAAUGCAGUAUUCAUUCUUAUAAAUGUAAUGUCUCUUUA